CCUGAACAACGAAACGGGAGGGGGGACAGUGGUUGUUGCCUUGUUUGAAAAACGGGGAAGAUUGAUGGCAUGAAUUGUGGUAAAUGCAUGUGUUGUAGAGAUUGAGGUGAUGUGUAACAGAAAUUGUGAGCUGUAAGGCGUGUUGGAAGCCCUGUAAAAUAUUAUUUUUUCGUUACACGUUGUUUUUGUGGCGAAGGCAGAAGACAUGGACGACUGGGACCCAAUGUCUCAUGACUUCACUGAUGGCUCUUUCAAUACAUACAUCGAUGGACCGGGGGCGAGGAUGGACCAUAGCCAGCAACCGUGGGCAAGAAGUACCCGCAGUAAAGGACCGUUCAAGGUCUAUGUUGGCAGUGUACCAGUGGGAAUAAAUAAGGAGGGGCUAACAAAUAUUUUCUCCAAUUACGGAGAUGUACAGAGUGUGUACAUUCAUGAACCACUCCCUGGUCAGCAUGUGACGUGGGCGUUUAUAGUUUUCCCUAAACACAGCCAAGCUGAAAGAGCCAUCAGAGAACUGAACAAUAAAAAACCAUUGAAUUUUAAAGUGCAGUUUGCACUGUCGGAUGGUGAAAAGCAACGAAUCCGUUCAGCAACGGAAAAGGCUGCUAUUUGGGGAACGGUAUCUGAAUCUUUGGCAGAAUCCGAUGAUUUUGCACUGGAAUUGCCAUGUAGAAGAAAGAGUGGCAUCGGGCUUGGAAGAGGCAGUUUCAGACAGGUGUACCUUCAGGAACACAGGACACCUACUGUGGGCAGAGGCAGUUUUAUUGAUGAUUAUUCUGAUGAUGAAUGUUUAGGCUAUGAUGAAGUUAAUGGAGUUAUGUUGAAAGGAAUUCAUUGUAGCCUUCAGUCGGGAGGCAGCAGCAGAACUGUUUCUAAAGGGAGAGGUUUCUACAAUGUAAGUGCGGACAGACCAGGUGUAAAGAGACAAUCACUGUUUCACACUCCGGAGCCUGUGGUCAACAGUUCUGAUGAGCUUGAAAAUACAAUCAGAAGACAAAGUGGUAAAUAUGUUUAUGGUGAUCCUGUACAUUUAAGAGCAAGAGCUUGCCGAGCUUGUUUGGCAUGUGGAAGAUUAACGACUUCUGUAUGUGCACGAUGUGGGGAUUUUUAUUGUUCAGAAGAAUGCCAAAGGAAUGACUGGCCAAACCACAAACCCAACUGUGUAGCUCCACCGGGAAUUGUAAACACUGCCACUGGAGUAUCACCCAAUAAAACAUUAUCUCUUCAUUCACCACUGACGAUUGCUGAAAACAAAGACAGUCACUCUGUUUUUGAACAAAGGAAGAAUAUAAUGGAUAAGAAUAAAGUUGCAGAGUGUCCAGUACUUCCAGUCAAUAACAGCUAUCGUACCAGCACUCCAAGAAAUGGUCAGGAUAAUAAUAGCAUUGAGAGAGAUUUCACUCAGAAGAGUGAUGCUCAACGUGACAUACUUCACCAAGGUGAAGAAAGAAUUUCAGCAAAUGCAGAAGUGUUGCAGACACCACAGCCUUUACUAAGAAAUAAUGAAAAGAGAGAUUAUGGCAAAAGAUCGGAUAUCAAACCUUCAUUGCAACACGGAGAAAAUGUGUUGGCUAGUGAAAAUGUGAAAGGGAGGAUUUUGGCAGAUGCAGAAGUGUCUGGGAACUUGCCUUCACCACUGUUAGGAAUCAAUAAUACAGGAAAGCAAAAUACUUUACAUGAUCAAAUUCAAAAUAAUUACAUGCAGAAUGAGACAGCAAAGCAAUCUGGCAGUCAGAAACGUAAUGCUCGAGGUAACAAAACAAGCACGUCUCCUGGCUUUGGCGAUGUUAAUAGAACACACAGUAGUGAAAACCAGAAUAGACCUCAUAACAGUUAUGGCCAAAAUGAAGCUGGUUGGAAGAGUAAUGAUCAUAAUCAAGGGAAUCGUAACAGUUAUGGACAGAAUGAACCUGGCAAGGGUCGUAACAGCUAUGGGCAGAAUGAAGCCAGUAAAAGGAAUGAACACAGUCAAGGAAAUCGAAAACAUGGUGGUGAUAAAAGUGGUGAUAGAAAUAAAACGCAAAACAGAAACAUCCAUCAGAAGAAUUUUAAGUCACACAGUCAGCACAGACCUAAUCAUUCCGAACAAGACUUAGGAAGGCAGAAAAAGGAUGUAGAGAAACCACCAACAAAACCCAUUGAAAAGAAGCCAUUAGUUCAUCAGCAGCAUAAAUCCUCAGAUGAGCAGCAACUGAAAUCGACAGAAGAACAGCAGUCUAAAUUUACAGACGAAAAUCUUGCUAAAUCUGUUAGCGAGCAGCUCAACAUUGGAUGUACUAGUAGGUUUCCUGACAGUUGUGCUGUAUCAGGUGAAGGUAGCCCAGAUAGUAAAACAGGUCAUGGUUUGGGAAAAGAAGAGAUUAAGUCAGAUUGUUACACAAAGGUCAAGAUUGUUUUGAAAAUUGAUAGUAGGCAAUAUAUGGUACACAAAGCUGAAAAUGAGGAAAAAAUUAUACAACUACUUCAGUUUCUACAGAGUGAGGGCAACACGGAUCCCUGUACUCCAGAAGUAGGGAAACUUUGUGUUGCAUCAUAUGAAGGCAUUUGGUACCGAGCAGAAAUAAUUCAAGUAGUUCCAGAGAUAAGGGUGUUUUAUGUGGAUUAUGGAAAUGAGGAGGCUUGUGCUGCUGAUGAACUGAGAAGCUUACCAAAAGAAGCAUCAGAGCUGCCUGCACAGGCCAUAAAAAUCAAACUGGCAGAAGGGACAUCUAAAAAGUUUGAGGACCUGUCUGAAGAUAAUGAGAUUAUGGUGAAGUCGUUCAGAAAGGACGACUGUGGUGUUACAAUUGUCAUGGUCGAGGGAGAAAAUUAUUCUCAGCUAGAAGUUAAAAAUUCAAAGCAAUCAAAACAGAGUCCAGCUGCCAACAAAGACAAUACUUCAAGGACAAUGUGUUCGCAGGAUUCUAUCAUCACCUUACUUCCAACUGGUGCAGAGGCAGUCAUGUGUGUGAGAGGAAUUGAAAACACUAACCAGUUUACUGGAACACUUUUGGCAGAAACAUGUGUAGAUAUAUAUAAAAAACUUUUUGAAGAUUUGGGUUAUGCAGAAGGUUCAUAUGAUGGUGGUUUCAAACCAGCAGUUGGUGAAAUGGUAGUAGCUCAGCUUCCCACAGAUCCGUUGUGGUACAGAGCUAAAAUAUUGUCAGUACUGCAGAAUGGUUACCGUGUUGCUUUCUGCGAUAUUGGCAUUUCACAGAAAGUAGAGAAUGUGAGAAGAAUCCCUGAGGGAUUUGUAAACUUACAACAGAUGUCUGUAAGGUGUGAAAUUGUUAAGUAUUUCAUGACGGAGAGUGAGGUGUGGGAAAACUAUAUAAAGAUUGGUGGGAACCUGAAAAUGACUAUUGUGGGUGCUUAUCCCACAAAAGUUAUUGCGGAUGUUGUAGAUAAUGUUGUUAUCUGUACAGUUGAAGUGAAGAAAUGGGAUGCUAUCGCAGAAGACAAAGGCAUUAAAGUUGCAGAGUUGGAGAAUAACAGCUUCGUCAUAUUGUCCACGUUUAACAGUCCAAGGACAAUGUUUGUAAGACCAACCUCAAAGAGCAUGCAAGAAAAAUUUAAUAGGAUCCUGCAGGAUGUUGCUGGUCAUGCUUUCAAAGCACCACCUAUGGAUAGGUUGCCAAUUAAAGGUGAAGUCAUUGCUUGCAAAUACAACAAGGAUAACAACUAUUACAGAGCAAAAGUGACUGGUUUUGAAAAAGAUAAAGUGGUUGUUACUUAUUUAGACUUCGGAAACACUGAGCUGGAAGACCUCAGUGAUGUCAAAGAACUAAGUGAAGAAUUGAAAAAUGUUCCUGCAUGUGCUGUCAAGGUACACUUGAAGGAUGUACCGGAGCUUCCACUUAACACACAGAUUGUGGAAUUUCUUAGUGAAAUUACUUUGAAGGAAACAGAUCUCAAAGUGAAAUUUGGUGACAUAAAAGACGGGGUGGAUUUGUUCAUGGAUGGAACACACAUAAAUGCAAAAAUAAAAUCCUUGUUAGACCCAUCUUGGCAGCAACUUAAUAAGACAGAUGUGCCAGCUCUAUACUUCUAUGAAAACUUGAAAUUUGUUGACCUGAAUGUUGGGGAAGAAAUAAGUAUGGCAAUUUGUCAUGUACAAGCUCCUGACACAAUUUUUGGUUUUAAGGAAGGCAGUUCUGUUAUGCAGUAUAUCAUGACAGUUAUGCAAGAAAAGGUGGAUGAGUAUUGCAACCAAGUAGACAAAGAAAGUUUCCUACCCAGGAAAUAUGAAAUGUGCUUGGCACAGUAUGAAGGUGCAUGGUACAGAGCAGCUUGUUUAGAUGUAGAAAGAAAUCUGGUAACAGUUAUCUUCAUUGAUUAUGGCAACACAGAGGAAGUGUCCUUCAAAAACAUCAGGAAAAUGCCUCCAGAUUUCAUGGAUACCCCAGUAGCUGUUGUUGCCUGUACAAUUAAAGAUUUUUCAAAGAAUGGCGCCAAAACAGAACUUAGGUUACAAGAACUUGUGAAUAAGGUGAAAAAGGUGAAAAUUCUGAGCAUGGCAAAGCAAGGACAUUGUGAAGUUCAAAUAAUUCAGUAAAUUUGACGACUUAUUGUGAGAGGUACACAGCAUCACAUCAAUGAGUGUCUUAUAUUUUUACCCAAGAAUUGUUGUAUAGUAUUUCUAAUAAGUGUAAUCAUGUGAUUUUUUUAUGCUCUGAUUUGCUGUGUGAUCUGAGCAAUAAGGACACAAGACUGAAAUAUGUAAGAAGUUUAUGUAUGUUCAUUGUGUUGACAUUUAAUAAUAGUGGUUCUGAUAGUGGUUGUCACAAUGCUCAGACUCAGAAAAUAGAUGUGUUUGCAUUAUUUUGCAAUAAAAAGUAGACAGUUUAUUUCAUUAAGACUCGAUUGUGCCAGUUAAUUAGUGCACAGGGAACGCUUUCAUUUGCACUAUAGCAGUCAACGUGCAAUGUCACACAUGCGGAAAACUCUGAAUGACAAACUGUUCAGUGAAUUGAUGCCUUGCGAAGAUGGUAAACUGAAGAGAAGACAAGUUUGUAAGAAGGCUUUUAAUAAAUAGAAUACUGGUUUUAGUAACUUACAAUACUGUGUUAAAUCAUUCAUUUAGAAACCUUAUUAAGCAAGGACAGGAGAACGUUAACAAGUAAUAGGAUUGUGAGGCUAAAUAAAAAUUGUUGACAUGUAAUGCCAUUUUAAUUGCCUGUGCAUUCUCAUCAAUUUAUUCAAGGGCCCAGUGAUGAGGUAGUCAGAGAUCUAAGGUUGGUAAAACCAUCAUAAGUGAUACAGAUUGUUUAGUAAUUCAAUCAUAUGGAUGUACUCUAAUCUGAUGCUUCUCUAUGGUGAUUUAUGACAAGUUCAGGCUGCUGUCAUGAGAAGUUUUCCUGUUGCCUGGUUUCUUGUAUAGCACUUUGUGUUUUAAUAACAUGAUGUCCUGUUUGUACAGGCUUAUUCUUUUUUUCUGUAUGUUGUGUAACACCAGUGAUCUUUGUGGUUUGGAGUUGAUCUUCCUUCUUCCACUUACGUGAACUUUUAAUUUGAAGGAGAUGUGUGAUUGCUGUGUAGAUGAUAGUGGAUUGGAUAGCCUCAUCGUCUGCCUCCUAUCAUUUUAUCUGAAACAUUUCGCUCUGUGAAGCACAUCAAUCUUGUAGUGGUUUGUGAUCUGAACUGUGGUGACAGUCACAGGUUUUGCUUUGUCAGCCGUGUUUCCUCCUAUGCACAUUUUGUCCAAUUGACAAAGGCCUUGUUAAAUUGUGGUGGAUAGAAGCAGCACCCAGUGCUGUAUAAAGAGGCUAAAGUGUUUCCAGAUUGAUGGCGGGCAAAAUGCAUGAUGAAAGACAGUUAAUAAAACUGACAAUGCAGCUGAUAUAAACACAAGAAGAAGAAGAAGGAGAGCAGCAGUGUGAAUUUUGGACUUACAGGUUCCUUAUUAAGAAAAAAAUUUCGUUGUCUGGUAAAAAUAAAUCAUGAUUCCGGCAGUAAGGAGCAAAGCUUCUCUUUUGAUUCAUGUUUCCAGAAUUAUAUAUUCUUGUACCAUAGCAUUUACUAUGUAGGGGCACCACAAAAGUCGGACAUUGUCUGUAGGGAGUUAAUGAAAACAUAAGACACAUUGAAAGGAAUGUGAAACUUGUGAAGACUAUUAAAUUCUCAAAUUUAAAGCUUCUAGAUGUCUUUAUGCAUCUAAUGACCAUUAACUUCAUUGACUUCACGGAAUAGAGAUGCCUCUGCAAUUCUUAUCUUCUCGUAACGUAAUAUAAAAAAAGGCGUAUUUGUGUUGAGAAACUGUGGUUCCAUGUCAGCAUUCAGAUGAAGUUUGAUGUACAAGUCUUACUUAAGAUAGAGCAUCUUAUCAGCAUGUUGAAGAAAAUUAUUUAUAAGAAUAUAUGUACUGCCUUUAUUAAUGAACAAGGAUGAUAUAGACACACAGACAUAGGAGAAAAUCGGAAACUUUUAUGUCAGUAGAUUUUCCUUUACCAUAUCUGCAACGUUAAUGUACAUGCUAAUAUAUUUUUAUUGAAUUAAUAUAAAUACUACACUAAUUCAUAAGUGUAAUUCCCAGUUUUCACUUACGUGUUUCAUCCCUGUACAUCGCCUGAAAGGCUGUUCUGUUCAUUAUGCUCCUCUAACACCCUGCAGCCAUAUUGAGCUUACGAUUGAAACUGAGCAAUACACAUGUGGAAGAUAUUGUCUGUUCUAAUCUUUGCCCAUUGAAUGCACGGAAACACACAAAACUAUACAUUUGAUGAGCAGAUUCCUCUUCUUUCAGAAUUUGUACUUCAUCAAAUUUCUUAUUUGCAAUAAGUAUGCUUAAUUACAAAAUUAAACCAGACAUUUUCACUUGAUUGAGCUUAAAUCAUGCUGAGCUAUGUUGUUGGAGUUUAUUGCACUUAGUUGUUCUGUAUGUACAAAAUACAAUGUCUACCACAUUGUUUGCCCCCCCCCCCCCCACCCUCCUUGUGUCCUACCACCAAACUGCCUGUAGUGCUUUAAAAGAAACCAUGAAAGGCAUAGACAAAGGUGGCUGAACCUUGAUUUACGCUAUAAACCUGAUUUGUUUUUAUUGCUGAGUCACCCGAUUUAAUAUGUCAAGCUAUAACCAGCUGUCCUUCGUAAACUUUGAAGAAAUAGUUGGUGGUAAGCUUAUCGUCAGUUGCCAGUUCCUGAAGUUUGAUGAAGCAUUCUUUGAUGUCCAAUGACUGCUUGCUACAUUUAAUAUUGAGAAAUGUUGGAACAUUUCCAUGAGAGAUUGCCUUUUUGACACAUGUAAUAAAUUAUGAGACAGAAUUCCUGAUCAGUAAUUACCUUCUGGAGGUGAAAUGUUUUGUCCUGCUGAUAGAUGUAUGUCAGCUUCUUUCUUGUCCUCACUGCGGGUAGGUCCCUAUUGUCUUGGGGUCUGAGUGGUGUGCCCUCCCUUUUUAACUUUGCCACUCUGUUCCCCUCAUCUCUUCUUCCAGAGGUAAAUAAGUACUGAACAGAAAUUCUGUCUCAUAAUUUAUUGUGUAUUCUUGGUAGGAUUUUGCUAUUACACAGACAUUAGAACAAGUACAGUGAUGUAGUUCGGAUGAAUAUGGAUGGCACUUGUCAUGAAGUAUGCUUUCAGAAUACAAAUUGUGAUACAAUAAGUACAUACACUGGCACAACCAAACUAAAUGGAGGAUGUAAUUGCUAUUGUAUCUACCACAUGCUGAAGAGCACUACUGUUUGGCCAGAUCCUACCUUCACUUCGAUCUAGCUUAAAUAAUUAUGUAAAUACUAUUGUCCAGAACAUUGAUAGGUAUGACUUGCUUUAUGCAUUAAAAAACUAAAAAUAAAAUAAAACUUGUAUCCAGCGGAGUCUCUGAAAAUUUCAGAGCACAUAACAAAUGAUUAAACAGUAACAGUCACAUUUUAUUACAUAUAUUGCCUUAAAUAUUCUUUGAUACUGAUCAAAAGUUAAGCUAUUGAAAGACUAUUAAUAUUUGAAGUGUGGCAUAUGGGCAGACAAGUUGUACACUGUCCACUUCCUCAACAUUACUGUUUAAGGAACACCUGAGUGCAAAAAAUUGUGAUUGCCUUACUAUAUGUGGGGAAAUUAAUGUUUUAUGGCACCUAACUAAACCUUGAGAAUAUCUGUGCGAUUCUUGAGAAAAUGUCAUGUUUAUUUAUGUCGGCAGGCUCUGAUGAUGACGAGGAGGAGACUUGUAUUAUUUUGAAAUGUUGCUCAUCUUUAGAGAAAUCACAGAUGAAAAUCUGAUAUGCUUACAUUAACUAUGUUUUGAGUUACUAUCUCAAUACAGUUCCAUGACACUUCCCCAAGUUACUAUAUGCUGCAUGGCAGCAUAGAUGAUGGAUCAGCAAUAAUUGCCUGUCCCUUCCCCCCUCCUGGCAUGAUGAUUCAAAUGUGCUGUGUAGAAAGCGUUUUAUUGUGGAGGUAUGUGUAUAUGAUGAAAUAAUGGUUUUAAGUCUGCACAGAUUUUUGGAAUUUUAAGAACAGUUGUUCAAGUACCACUUUUCCGUAGAGUUCAGACAAUGUCAUUAGUGUGUACUGAGAAUUUCUGUGACUUGACUGACAGAUAAAUCUGUCACAAACUGUGCAGGUCUUCCUUGAACUUUCAAGGUCCAUAAACUGUACAUCUUGAUAUCAGUUAAAGGAAAAAACACAAUACUUAAGGGUGUCUUGCAAGUACUUUUUUUUAGUUGCUUUGUCUUCUGUUAUAUUUAUUUGAAGCUGCCAAUGGUCAUUCUAAAUAUCUUCAUAAAGGUGUUCAGUGCCUUAAUCUGAUCCUGCAAGUGAAUUGCAGCCAUGGUGUUUCAUUCAUAAAUAAGGUUCACGUGGACGUUCUGAUUUAUAACAUUCUGCAUUGUAACGUCAAAGUAUUUUAUAUUUUGCAGACAUAAUAUUCAAACAAUACAGAGGACUUUUGUCCAUGUGUGCUAAUUACUUUGUAUUUGAUUAAAUUAAAAGGAAACUGGUGGAACUGUAUAUCAAGCGUGGUUGUGCUGCAAAUGUUUUUGCAUGUCAGAAUACGGACUACGGGUGUUAACCAUUCCUGUAUGUGGUGUAUCAUCCAAUCUUCUAGAGCUACUGAUUUUAUCAAUUGAAUCUUUUAUGUGUAUUGUAUAUAAUAGCAGCUCUCUGACAUGUCUCUAAGGCACACUCUUGUUGUGUUUGCACUCACUACCAAUUUACCGCACAAUAAAUACCCCACAACCAUUGUGUUAUGUGGAACACAUUGAUCAUCAGUCUAGUUAAAGUGAUAUGUGUAUCCAUGACCAAGUAGCUUUGGCUCAGAUGGUCCCAUAGAUCAUGAAAUGAGAAAAAAGAAAUUUGCAACUGUUUCAGUGACACUGUUCAUUGCAAGCAAAAUUUAUCUGCUUAGAAUGGUGUAUUGACAUAGCAUUCUUUUACUACUCAUCUGUGGAAUGUCAAAGAAGUUCUACAGAAUGACUACGUGCCGUGGACUCUCUCAGUAACAUGGUCUUAAAAAGACAUUAUUCAUUCAUCUACAAAGGGAUAAAUAAUCAACAAUUGCUGCUAAAAAAAAGUGGCAAUUUAACACAUCUUAUGUCAGAAUGCUCUUUUCUGUGUGGUUUAUAUGUUGCCAGGGUCAAUAAUAAUGAAAUGCUGAUUAUUUCUUCAAAUGCUAACUAAAUAUUUUGUGGAACAGUGUUACUGUUCACCACUUUAGUGUCAUUAUGGUACACCUUUCUCUUUCUCAUACUCCACGUUACAGUUACACAAGAAUAUAUUGCAUGACAAAACUGUCAUUAUUAGUCAUUGUUUUUAUAUUAUGUUGAUCUACUUUAAAGUAUAGGACAUGUUUUAUGACUUCAUUGUUUGGUACACUUUCAUCAGCACUUUCAUAAUAUAAUUCCUUGAAGAAUGUGUGGCUGUUGAUGAAAAUUGGGUCAUUAAUAUGCCUAACCCAAGGAUGAAAUUUGCUAGAAGAAAUGAUGAAAUGGAUGUUCUUUGAAUUGAAUGAAAGGUUUAAUGUUUCGACAUUGUAACUUCAGUGGCAAAUAAGAGUUACUUUGUUUCCAUAAAGCGCUAAUUGCACGAGAUAUUUUAUGUUGCUGAAGCAAAAUAUUCUAUGUAAUAUCCAAAUACAGAGUACAUUCAUAUGUUUACUAUUAUAGUGACAAUUACAGAAGUAGGUCUGGGACUGCAUAUGUAAUUGUAAAUAAAAUGGCAUGCAUGUGCAAAAAUAUUGUUUCAGGAAAUUUCUUUCUGAGAAUUUGUGUAAAUAUCUGACUUUUGAAACUAUUUUUGUGAAAGAUUUGAGGAAUGUUCAUCUACUACUUGCAUUAACUUUGGACCACUAUUUGUUACAACAAUUUCUAUAAAAGUGACAUCAGAAAUGCACAUAGGAUUAAUAUAUCUUAUUGAAUGGUACUGCAGAUGUCAAAUUGUAUCAAACCUGAGUGCAGACUGUGGCACUUUGCCUUCUUUUGGCACUCUCAGUAUUUGUUAUUCACAUUUAAUUUUCAGUUCUGAAAAAAGCAUUAUUACUCUGUGUUCUGUUUAAAGUUAUUGAUUGUAAAAAUAUUGUAAAUUUCUUUGUAACACUACUGAGAAAAUAAAGUUAGUUCAUAUA